AUGCACGUGAGAAUACGUAUAUUCGGUAAACCAGAUACAGUUGUAGUUGUAGAAUCUAAGUUAACAAAGAUAGAUCAGUUUCGGCGAAUUGUGAAAGAGAAGUUUGAUGUUGCACCGAAAUUACAAAGAUUAUUCUAUGGCGGUAAACUGCUGGAAAAUGGCUACACAUUCCACGACUAUAACAUCAAGCUUAACGAUGUUAUUCAACUCAUGGUGCGGGCGCAGCCUGAGGACAACCCUAAGAAGAAGACUGACACUAAGACUGACACGACCAAUGUUUCCAAUGGGGACAUGGUUGAGUACAAAGAUGCAGUAAGUACAUUAUAUGAAGUCGGUGACCUAAUAGAUAUGAAAGAUCGUACGUCUGGAGCCUGGUUAGAAGGGAAAAUAAUUAGAAUAGUGUAUGAUCCUGACAUUCCUCACAUACCGGAUGAUAAAGACUUAUCAAUCGAUGACACAAGUGUCCUAGGUCAUUCUGAGAACAGUGACCAGAGUUUAGACAGGGAAAAUGAUGUUGAGAACAAACCACCUAGUGAAUCAACCAAUGGCGACAGUUUGCCAAAGGCUAAAAGUAAAGGCAUAACUAAAUAUUUCAGUAGAACCCCCAAAAUUGCAUGGAAAAAGCAAAAUGAAUUAAAUCAAAGUUUCAAGUGCAAAGACAUUGAUUCAAUGCUGCUCUAUAAAGUGCAACUGGAGUCUGAUGAUGAUGAUUCAAACUUAUAUUGUAAGUUAAAAGAAAUUAGACCUAGAGCAAGAAAUGAGGUAGACCCUAAAGAUCUGAAAGUGGACCAGAUAGUGAUGUUGAACUACAACACUGACGACCCACAUGAGGUAGGACAUUGGUAUGAUUACAAAAUAACAGCGAUAAAGAAAUUUAGAGCAAUUUAUGAGUUGUUAGGAACUCUUUACUUGGGCCCUGAUGCUGUGCCACAGAAUGAUACUAGGGUAAGAGUUCUUGACAAGAUAUUGGCUAUUGAAGAGGUAGUGCCACUAGCUCAGAGGACAGAGGAGUACAAGAAAAUGAUGAUUACUCCUUCAGAGAAAAGGUCUGCGCCAUUGAAUUGCUUGACGUGUCGCGAUGUUGAAGACGCUCUGUGCAAAGACUGCGGCUGUUAUGUUUGCUCGGGGAAGAAGUUCCCAGAGAGAAUAGUGCUAUGCGACGAAUGUAAUCAUGGCUACCACAUGACAUGCCUGGACCCGCCUCUCACGGAGCUACCAGAAGAAGACUGGUACUGUCCAUCCUGCAAGAGGGAUCCCAAUGACGUCAUAGCUCCUGGAGCUGCUAAACAGACGAAAAAGACGACCAAAAGUAAUCGCGACUGGGGCCGAGGAAUGGCUUGUGUUGGUAAGACGAAAACCUGCGCAAUGCCGCCCAAUCAUUUCGGACCAAUCCCCGGCAUCGAAGUUGGCAUGUGCUGGAGAUUUAGAAUACAGCUAUCAGAAACCGGUGUCCAUCGGCCGCCUGUGUCGGGGAUCCACGGCCGAGAUGUAGAAGGCGCGUACAGCAUUGUGUUAUCUGGUGGUUACGAAGAUGAUGUAGAUCAUGGCAACGAGUUCACGUAUACAGGCAGUGGCGGACGAGACCUCUCCGGGAACAAACGCACUGCAGAACAGUCAUGUGACCAGACUCUCACCAGAGAAAACAAAGCGUUAGCCCGUAACUGCGCAGUGAACAAUAUAAGCGAGGAAGGCGGUGACGCAGGCGACAACUGGCGAAACGGCAAGCCGGUCCGUGUAGUGCGUUCCUACAAGAUGUUGAAGCAUUUCCCCAAGUACGCACCUAAGGAAGGUAUCAGAUAUGAUGGCAUAUACAAGGUAGUGAAGUACUACCCAGAGAAAGGACUGUCAGGAUUUAUUGUUUGGAAGUACCUAUUGAGACGAGACGAUCCUAACCCUGCGCCUUGGGAACCAGGCGCGAAGGAGUACCCAAUUAUUUAUCCCGAUGGGUAUUUAGAAGCUGAAGCGGAGAAGAAAGCCCUAAAAGAAAAGAACAGUAAAGUAGGUAAAGGUGCUAAGAAAGGCAGUAAAAAGCGAGCGCUUAAAGAAAGCAAUGAUACCACCACGGAGUCAGGGGGUGAUACCUCUCCACCCGUGACGAGACGGAAAAAAACAGGUGCUAAGAUAGGCGGUAAUAAGCGAGCGCUUAGAGAAAGCAAUCAGACCACGGACACAGAGAGUGAUGCCUCUCCACCUGUGAAGAAACGGAAAACCACUAAACAAGUAAUAGAAGCCAAAGACCCAAAAAGUCCAAAGACGUUUAUAGCGAGUAUAUUCCUUAAGAGUCCUAACCGUAAGUCACCGCGGAAGAAAGAUACCGAGAGCAAACUAACUGAGGAGGAAAUGGCUGCCAUCAAAGCAGAUACGCUGAACGAUAAACUUUGGAACGAGUGUCUCACUGUAUGCGAGGUGCGGGGGAAAAAGGAAUUCGUGGAGUAUGUCACGCAAAUGUUCCUCUGCAUUAUUUGUCAAGAGGUAGCUGUGACUCCGGUGACGACACCCUGUUUACACAACUUCUGUUUGGCAUGUUUAAAGCAAGCUUUCAGAGCCAACGGUACUCAGUGCCCCUGCUGUCGACACAGCCUCAUCAAGUACAACAUCGAACCGAAUGAGGAGUUGAAGACAGCUCUACGAAGUAUAUUGACCGGAUACGACGCGGGCAAGAAAUAA